CAUUCACGAGAGGUUUGUCGUGUGGUACGGUCGCAUCUACAGUAAUCAUGGCAUCUAAAUUCAAGUCGGAAAAGAUUGGGAUCGUCGGAAGUGGCUUAAUCGGGAGAUCAUGGGCGAUGUUGUUUGCCUCAGUUGGUUAUCAGGUUACUGUAUAUGAUGUAGUCGCAAAACAGAUUACCGAUGCCAUUGAGGACAUCAAAUACCAAUUGCAUACCCUUGAAAACGAUGGUCUGUUACGAGGCGAGCUCAAAGCUAGCGAACAAUUUCAAUGUAUAAAAGGGUCUACGGAUCUGGCAACCGCAGUUAAAGGAGCAAUAUUUGUUCAGGAAUGUGUUCCUGAGAAUCUUGACCUUAAAAAAAAGGUGUUCCAGAAUCUCGACAGCGUAGUUGACGAUAACACGAUAUUAUCAAGUUCAACAAGUACUACUUUGCCAUCAUUAUUCUCUGAAGGAUUGAAACAUAAGUCUCAGGUCAUUGUUUCUCAUCCGGUGAAUCCACCUUAUUACGUACCCCUUGUUGAAAUUGUCCCAGCACCCUGGACUAAGCCUGAAGUUGCUAAGAAAACCAGGGAAAUUAUGGAAGAGAUCGGACAGCAGCCAGUUUCUUUGACCAGGGAAAUAGACGGAUUUGUUUUGAAUCGAAUUCAAUACGCAAUUCUUGAUGAAGUUUGGCGUCUCGUUGACGACAAAGUUGUUGAUGUAGCGGAUAUUGAUAAAGUUAUGUCGGAAGGACUUGGAAUGAGAUAUGCAUUUUUGGGUGCUCUAGAAACAGCCCAUUUGAAUGCUGAAGGCAUGCAAAGUUAUAUUGAUAGAUACGGAGAGACAAUUUAUCGUGUCAGCAAUGAAAUGGGACCGGCUCCGCGUAUGACGACAAAUAAAAGCAGAAACUCGGUGUGCGAACAAUUGGAGAAGUUAGUACCGAUUGAAAAACUUCAAGAUCGUCGUAAUUGGCGCGAUCUUUGUUUAAUGCGUCUGUCACUCCUCAAGAAAGAAAUGAACAAGAAAUACCAGAGUUCGUGAUGUGUAUUUCAUGACAACGCAUUUAAGAACAUUUUUAUAGUUUGAAAUAUACUUUUCCAGUGUUAAA